AGCUAUGUUUUUGACAGUCAUCGGACACAAUGAGCGGUUUCGAAUGGUUAAACGCAGAUUUCAACAUUCAACCGAAACAAUUCAUAGGUGUUUUCAUGAGGUUAGAACUGCAAUGAUGAAUUUUGCAAGAGAAGUUAUUGUGCCAACAUCUUCCAAUGCAACCGCAAACACAUCAAGACGACAUAGAAGGUUGAAAGAAAUAUUUCCGGGAGCGAUAGGUGCGUUAGAUGGAACUCUUGUUCAUGCAGUCGUGCCCGCUGAUCAACAAACUCGUUAUAGGGGAAGAGGAAAAGGCGAAUGCUAUCAAAAUGUUAUUGGAAUUUGUAAUUUUGAUAUGAUAUUCACGUUUGUAUGGGCCGGUUGGGAGGGCAUAGCACAUGAUUCACGAGUUCUAAAAGAAGUUGUAUUUAACCCAACUUCCGGUUUUCCAAUUCCUCCACCAGACAAAUAUUACCUUUGUGAUGCCGCAUACACCAACACUCGUGGAUUUAUGGCUCCCUACCGUAAUACGAGGUAUUGGUUAGCCGAUUUCCGAAGACAUCGUGCAUUAACUAAGGAGGAAAAGUUCAACCAUGCUCACGCACAACUCAGAAAUGUUAUUGAGCGCGCUUAUGGAGUUUUGAAGGCCAGAUUCCCAAUCCUAAAGCACAUGGCUCCUUAUCCUUUUCCAAUACAAAGAGACAUAGUGCUUGCUUGUUUUGCAGUCCAUAAUUUUAUAAGGAAGUGUAAUAUUCAUGAUCAAUUAUUUAUGGACUUUGAAGAAGACACUAUGUUUACUGCUGAAGUAGAAGGUGGAGGAAGUGAUGACCAAAACGUACACGACAUUCAGUGGGGUAACCAAGACACUGAAUAUAUGGCUAAUUUGCGUAACCAAAUUGCAAAUCAAUUAAUUUAAAGUUGUAUGCUUAGGUUUAUGUUUAAUUUGGAUGUUGUAUGAUGUUUAAUUUGGGUGUUGUAUGAAUUUUAAUUUGGAUUUUGUUCUAAUUUUAAUUUGGAUUUUAUAUGACAUUUUGUAUUUUAUUUGUAGUUACUUACAAAUUCAGUAUCAUUCAGCACAGUCAUUCAGAUGUCCAACCAAACAGUAACAAAUAGUUCAGAGGGUUAAAAUGGUCAUUUUUA